CUAUUAUUGAGUCAUGGAAAAUAAGAAUUUACAUAGCAACACGACAAGCAGUCGAUCUGUGUUACCUCUUCCUUCUGUGCCUUGUACGUACCUAAUUUUUUUUUACUUUAAUAAACCGCUACUUCCAGUAACAACUACGAUCUAUUAAACAAAAGCGAAAAUGAAUCCCGCUGACGCUAAUUACAACUGGGGAAGCUCACGCAAGAGAUACGAAUGGCAACAGGGUUAUGCCAUGGGCAUGGCGCCUCGCGAUCCAGAACUUGAAAAAGAUCUCUUUGGCGAAGAAAACCACGUACACAGUGGUAUUAACUUUGCUAAAUAUGACAGCAUUAAAGUCAAGAUUCGAGGAGAUAAUGCCCCCCCCGCAUUCGAUAACUUCGCGAAUGCAAACCUCCAUCCUGUAAUGAAGGAAAAUAUUCAGCUUGCUCGGUACCAGGUCCCCACCCCAGUACAGCGUCAUUCAAUUUCCAUCGUCACUGCGGGUCGGGACCUGAUGGCCUGUGCUCAAACUGGAUCAGGCAAAACUGCAGCAUUCUUAGUUCCUACUUGCUCUGCGUUGUUCGAGCGUGCUCCACAACUUGUUGCACGUCCUGCAAGCAGAUACGAAGCACGAUCGUUCUCUGCAAAGCCCCUUGUUCUGAUCAUAGCACCCACUAGAGAACUGUGUACACAGAUUUUCGACGAAGCACGUCGCUUUUGCUAUAGAAGCAUGCUUCGACCAUGUGCUGUGUACGGUGGUGCCGCCUACCGUGGUCAGGAAGUCGAACUCGAGAGAGGAUGUGAUGUUUUGGUAGCUGUGCCGGGUCGUUUGAUGGACUUUGUUGAAAAGAGAAAGAUUGAUUUGAGCCAUGUAAUGUUCCUCGUUCUGGAUGAAGCUGAUCGUAUGCUUGACAUGGGCUUUGAGCCAGUCAUCCGAGAAUUGGUGGAGCGCCGAGGUCUGCGCAGAGAGCGUCAAACUCUCAUGUACUCUGCUACGUUUCCAAAGGAUAUUAGACAUCUUGCCAGGGACUUCCUGCGACCUGAUUACCUUUUCCUGCAGGUUGGCCGUGUAGGUGGCACCACCACCGACAUUACACAACGGGUAUUAUGGGUUGAAGAAUCUCAAAAACGUGACCAGCUAAAGCAAGUACUGAUGGGCCAACCGCCUUGUCGAACUCUCAUCUUUGUGGAUACGAAGAGAGCCGCAGACUCGCUGGAUCAGUUUCUGUUCGAGUCAAAAUUCCCCAGCACAUCAAUUCACGGUGACCGAACACAGCGAGAGCGCGAGGAUGCGCUGAUGGCGUUCCGGGCUGGCAAGUGCCCCAUCCUGGUGGCCACUGCGGUUGUAGCUCGUGGUAUUGACGUCAAAAGCGUCAUGCAUGUCAUCAAUUACGACUUGCCACCCAACAUUGACGAGUAUAUACACCGGAUUGGUCGUACCGCCAGAGUUGGCAAUGCCGGUCUUGCCACCUCUUUCAUCAAUCACAACAGCAUGGGUAUCGCUCGUGACUUGACCAAGGUCUUGCAAGAAUGCAAGCAAGAUAUUCCUGACUGCCUGAAAAGCUACGUGUCUCGUGGUGCCCUGUAAGUAUAGCCGCCAAUAAUAGGGGAGCCAAGAAGAUUGAAAAAAUUACUAAUAAGGGUGGAUGUGUACAUUUUGAAUCUAUAGAUCCUUUGACGAUGACGAUGACGAUGACGACGACCUCCCACAGCACAACCAAAUGCGUUACUAGGUGGUCGGAAAAAGAAACAAAGAAUAAAAAAUCCAAAAACCCUUCUGCUUCUUCUAUCUCUCUUUGACACCUGUCAUCUGUCAAAAAAAG